AUGGGAAUGCAUAAAGAAUUAAUGGAGACAAGUUGUGAAAACGGUCCCUAUUGUAUGAUUGUGAACAUAGAGAAAAUUAUCGCCAAUUCAAAUUGAGUCCAAUAGAGAAAAUUAAUAUGAGACUGUUUUCUUUGUAUUGAUACAGAUAGAACUCUUUUUCACAACUAGAAUGAUGAGCAACAUAUUAUUAUUGAUAACAGGGCAUUAUUUGGGAUUUUUUUAGAAAAGUAAUCCGAUGCAUAUUUUCGAAACUUGGCCCUGAAAAUUCGAGAAAGCAUUUGAUUACAGGCCUAACAAGGAAGAUUACUGACGAUCUUGCAGCUUAAAAUGACUAUAUAUUCUGGGAGAAGGAAAUUUAGGGGGACAUCUCAGUGAUUUAUGACUCGAUUCAAGAAGUAGAAAAAUGAACGGAGUACAAUAGCAAUAAAGGUGGAAACGUUAUGCUCUUUCUUUCCUAAUUCUAGACAUGUCUCUUCUUUAAGUUCUUUUUUCAUUUCGUGGUAAGCCGUAAGAAAAGAUUAGUUAUCUAUGUUCUUUUCUAUUGCUACAAAAUUAAUGCAGAAUACUUCGAUUUUAUGUUUCCAGAUAAGUGCAAUCUGGAGUAAUGGGUUUGAAUUGCUCAGGAGGAAAUCAUGAUGUUUCAAUCAAGCUUCAUACCCCUACUCAUUAAGGAAUAACGGAGGACAUGGGCUAUGCUCUCAUUUUUCUCUUUCAAUCCACUUUUCUUCUCAAUGCCCUAGCUAAGUGUUAUGGGGGGUUGAGCUUCAAAAUCAGAUUCCAAAAUUUAUUCCUCAACCGGUCACCACGAAUUGCACACUAUACCCUCUCAGAGCUUGUGGCACUGCAGCCAUCCAAUCCCCAAGCAAGAAUCUUUGUUCCGUUUAAACUUCCCUCCUUUCUUUGCGCACUAUACCCUCCCUCUCUCCGUUUCUGGUUGCUUCUGCUUUCCUCCAGUGCCCCCCCUCUCCGACUGUUGAUCACCUUAGCUGGUGUGGCCCAGGUAUUCAUCACCACUUGCACAUCUGCUCCUUGGUAGCCCCUCCCUGCCCUUGAUGAAGAAAAUGCCCAUCCCUAACCCACCGGUCCAGUUAAAUCCCUGGUAAUAAUGCCUUUCAUGGUUAUUUAUGAUACCCCCUGUCAAGGAAGAAAAGCAGGUUCCUAACCCAACAUCUUCUCUCCCCACGCCAUCUUUAAGUAGUCGUUUUCAGUACAAAUUAAAAUUUAAAGAGGCACCAGGUGCCCCUGUAAUAUUUUGAAAAAAUGCAGGAAGUAACUUCCAGAAUAAUAACUAUGAUGAUACCUUGAAUGGAACAUCUUCUUUGCUACCUCGAACCGACUUAAUCAAACAAUUUCGCUGAAACAUUUUAUCUGUACUUCCAAUGUGUUUUAUAUAUUUGAACUCCAUUAUUGCUCUCACAUUAUUAUCCGCGUUUUCAUUUUUUUCUAAUUAGCAAGAGUGGCGUUAAUUCCCGUUUGAUAAUUGUUUAUAGUUGACAGUGACGUUGUUUGUACUUUCAGUGGCAGAAUUUUGCGGAAAUGUGGAACUCUGCAGACUCACUGAGCAGGUUGUCUUCUCAGACCCAUACAAGGUGGCUCCACACAACCGUUGGACAUCUCCUUAUCUGGAUGAGGACGCACAAGCCAUCCGAGAGGAUGACAUUCUAAAGUUGGAGGUUGCUGGGUUGAAAUCCAUGUAUACAUGUUUCAUCCAUCACCAUGUGUUCUAUGUUGCAGCUUUUGUUGUGCUUUGAAACUAUUAUAUCGCAUUUAUUUAGUCUUGCUUGUGGGCAGGUUCUGUGAGAGAGCCCAAGCCUUAAUUCAUGGAGAUCUCCAUACAGGCUCUAUCAUGGUGACUAGUGAUUCAACACAGGUUAUAGAUCCAGAGUUUGCUUUUUAUGGACCAAUGGGCUUUGACAUUGGUGCAUUCCUGGGAAAUUUGAUUUUGGGUUUCUUUGCACAAGAUGGGCAUGCUAAUGAAGAUAGUAAUCGAGAGGUAUUAAGCAAGUUUUUAUUUUUUCCUGUUUAUUUAUUUCUCAUGAUACCUUAGUUAUUGUAGGAAGUAUUUUAUAGUCUGCAAUAUCCUUUGUCUAGUUGACUAACAAAGUGUGAUAUGAUGUCAUUCUUCCCAGUUCCCCGCCAAGUAAGGCUGUCUUCUUGCUAGCUUCAUGUUCGUACUCUUAUAUCUGUGAAAUUGAGAGAAAAUGCUCGAUAAUAAGAAGGGGGAAAUCCGAUCUAAAAUAGAGGAGAAGAGAUUGACAGGGCAUGGUUUCCAGAGAGGAAACCCUAGAAUGUUUCUAAGGGGCGAGUUCGAGAGCAACCCCAGCUCUCCCAGCUGAAUUCUUCCAAAUGUGUCCCCCAUUAACCCCUAAGGUUCCUCUUGCCCAUCCCCUUUGCGAACUCUUGCCCCGUUUACCACUGGGCCCUCCCGUAACUUAUCCUCCCCUUUAUGUCCGUAAGUUGCCCAGAUAAUGGGCUUGGUAGUGGGCCUAACAUCUUAUUAUUGUUUCCUAAUUUCAUUCACAUUUCUUCAAUCCUAGAAUAAUUGCAUGAGCUAUGAUAAUUAUGACAGUAAUUUCUCUGAUUGUGGUGAAUCAUACCUGUUGGAAUGGAAAUUAUGUGUUUCUUCGUCCCUUUUUGUGGAUUAUUUUAGAGCACAACUUGGCAUCUAUGUAGCUCUUUAAAAACGAAGAUGUGACCAGUCCAUGGAUGUAGACAGGUGACUUAGCCUAACAGGAUUUGUCCAUAUUCACAGAUCAUCAUGCACUUUGUAAUGAAAUUUGUUUGUGCUAUAAAUUACUUUCAUGAUUGUUGUUUUGUUGUGAGUCUGAGUUAAACUUUGCAGUGAUACUUGUUAUAUUUAGGACAAUGAUGUUAAGCAUUACGAUCAGAGUCACAUUACUGUAGUUUCUUCUAGGUAGUUCAUGGUGCUUGGACAUCGGGGGUUUCAUAUUCUUGCUCGUCUUAAGAAUUGUCCUUCGUUUUCUUUUCUUUCACUGUGAAAGCUGUGCACCAUUUCCAUUGAUUGAGCGUGUUCCCUUCCAUUGUUUUGAUCCAUGGUGCCUCCAUUAUGGAUUGCAGUUUAUGCAUAAAAGCAAUGCAAGAAGAAACUUGCAUCUUUGCAUUAUGUAGAUGGUACAACUGUUGAUAUGAAUUACAAAUUUCACUUGAACCGUUUUCUAUGCAGCAAUAUAAAAAUUGGAUUUUAAAGACCGUUGAGGAUACAUGGAAUCUUUUUCACAAGAAGUUUAUUUCACAUUGGAAUGAGCACAAAGAUGGCUCUGGUGAAGCAUACCCUUCACCAAUAUACAGUAAAGCGGAACUUCUGCAGCAGGUUCAGAGCAUCUACUUGGAAGAUUUAUUUCAUGAUAGCCUCGGAUUCGGUGCUGCAAAAAUGAUAAGGUGUUAUUCUUUUUCUUAAACUCGAUCUGGCUCCGUGGUUCCUCCUCAAUAUCAAUUGAAUGUGCUUUACUUCAAGCCCUUCUUCCUCUUUCCUUUCCCGGUUGUUAGUAGAUACCUGAUAUGCAGGAUGGCGUCUAGGUCACUUAGCUAGCUGGGUUCUUUUCGAAGGGAUCUGGGAUCUUGAGGAGCGAAUCGUCACUCACUUAAUCUUUUUCUUUGCAAAGCCAUAGGCACAUAGAAGCAACGUUGAUCCAACCCUGGGUUUAUUUUGAUGGAUAUCCUCGACGAAUUGGGAGUGGUGGUAUACUUAUUAUGCCUAUUUGCACUUCAUAAUUGUUAUCUGUUUCACUUGACUAGCAGGCAUAAGUCCGUCUGUCUGAUGUUUUCACUCUUCCAUGGAAAAUGCCUUUAAUCGAUCAAUCAUCAUCAUCAUCAUCAUGGAGAAUUGUAUCAAUGUUCGUUUUAGUGAGUUUCACCUGUUCUGGAAAAUGCCCAAGAAAAUUGGUCGGACUCAGUUUGCAUGCUAAUGUGGCCAAAGCAGAUGAGAUGCUAUUACCGCGCUGUUCUGAGUAAAAAAAGGCCCCAUCUUCUCUGUUCUGUGAAAAUAUGAGGAUCUUUCCAGCUUGGAAAUUCUUCAGUUAUUUGUUCCAUUUGAUAGUGGUGGGAAAAUCGAAGUGGGGGUAGUGUGGAGAUGGACUCAGAGCUUUAGUUUCCCAGGAAGAAGAAGGCCUCUGCCGUGACCAGGCAAGGCAGGUCGCGUUAUGUGGCUGUUGUUGUGUAGCUUUCGGCUCAUGCGCAUAUCUGUUGUGGCCUGCAGGAGAAUAGUGGGCAUUGCCCAUGUGGAGGAUCUUGAAUCGAUCACCGACACCAGCAGACGAGCACAUUGCGAGCGCCGGGCCCUAGAGUUUGCGAAGACGCUUCUCAAGGAAAGACGGCAAUUCCGUACCAUUGAAGAGGUCACUGCAGCAGCCCUUGCAUCUGUCUGA